ACAUAUUUCCCCCCCUGGGGUCGCAUGAUCUCUGGUGCACACGCGGAGAUGGAAUAUCCUGAACAAACCUCGUGAAAACACACAAAGUCUCGGAUGUGUGUCUGUGUGUGUGUGUGUUGACCGUAAAUCGUUUGAGUCCGUCCCCCCUUCACCAUAUUCUCUACCGCUCCCCUUGAUAAUCAUCUUUUCCCCAUCUAUCCUCGUACCCUCUUUGUACGAUAUAUCCUCAGGUAUCAUGAGCUCCCCCCACACAAGCCGGGACGAUGUCUCGGUGGCGAUAACGGGCCUGUCUUGUCGAUUUCCCGGCGACUGCGAGAGUCCCGAGUCCUUCUGGGAGACGAUACGCAGCGGCAAGUCCGCCUGGUCCGAGGUCCCAGCUUCACGAUGGAAGGGCGAUGGGUAUUGGUCGGCCAACAAGAGGCGCAACACAUGCAUCGCCAAGAGCGGCCACUUUAUCAAACAAGACAUAUCCAGAUUCGACGCGUCCUUCUUCGGCAUCUCGUCGGCCGAGGCGGCGGCCAUGGAUCCGCAGCACCGUCUCAUGACCGAGGUCGCCUUUGAAGCAUUGGAGGCGGCCGGUCUGACGCUCGACCAGAUCCGAGGCUCCAAGACGGGCGUGUGGGUGGGCCAUUUCACAUCCGAUUACAAGGAGAUGCUGUACCGCGACCCGGACGGCGCUCCGGCGUACGCGGCCACGGGCCUGCAGAAGACGAGUCUUGCCAACCGCCUCAGCUGGCUGUGGGACCUGCGAGGGCCCAGCUUCACGCUCGACACGGCCUGCAGCUCGUCUCUCGUGGCCUUGCACGUGGCCUGCCAGAGCCUGCGCCUGGGCGAGUGCGACAUGGCCAUCGUCGGUGGCAGCAACCUCCUGCUCGGCCCGGACGUCUUCAACUUCUUUGGCGGGCAGGGCUUCCUCUCGCCCGAUGGCAAGUCAAAGUCCUUUGACGCCUCUGCCGACGGCUACGGUCGUGGCGAGGGGUUUGCUGCCGUUGUUCUGAAGCGCGCCGAUGAUGCCAUUCUGCAUCAGGACCCGAUCCGCGCCGUCAUCCGCGGAACCGCCUGCAACCAAGACGGACACACCAAAGGCUUCACCCUCCCCAGCUCCGAAGCACAGAUUGCCCUGAUCAAGAGCGUCUAUGGGCUCGCGGGGCUGAACAUGGACGAGACGGGUUACGUAGAAGCUCACGGAACUGGAACUCAGGCCGGGGACCUGGCGGAGACGCUCGCCCUGUCACAGACUCUGGCAUCAUCUCGCUCCGCAGCCAACAGGCUGCUGGUCGGGUCCGUCAAGUCCAACAUUGGCCAUCUGGAGGCCGUGGCUGGUCUGGCGGCCGUGAUCAAGUCGGUCCUGGUGCUCGAAAAGGGCAUGAUCCCGCCCAACAUCCACCUCAAGACGCCCAACCCCAAGAUCCCCUUUGACGACUGGAACCUUGCCGUGCCCACCGCCCUCACCGUGUUUCCGCCCAACAAGAAGUCCCACGAGGGGCUGAGACGCAUCAGCGUCAACUCCUUUGGCUACGGCGGCACCAACGCCCACGCAAUCCUGGACGACGCCGCAUCGUACCUGAGCUCGCGGGCCGUCGCCGACGGUCUGCAUUUCACAAAGACGGCGGCGGGAGUAUCACGCCGCGAGCUGCCGCUGGCUGCCGCCGCCCGAGCCGGCGGCAAAGCAGCAGCCAACAGCGGCCGCGCCGGAGAGCCCAUCAGGCCGCACUCUCGCCUCUAUCCGAUAACAUCCCAGGACCGCAACGGACUGGCACGCGCAAAGAAGGCGCUGUCUGACUUUCUCAAGUCCUCUUCUUCGUCGUCGUCAUGGACGCAAGAGCAGCAGCAGCAGCAGCAGCAGCAGCAGGCCGACUUUCUCGGCAGCGUCGCCUACACGCUGAGCGAGAAGCGGUCACACUUCCAAUGGAAGACGUACGUGGUCGCCUCGUCCUCGUCCGUCGCGGAAGUGGUCGAGACCAUCGGCAGAAAGGACGCCGCCGUGCCGGAGACGCUCAGCUCCCGGACACCACGGCUGGGCUUCGUCUUCACGGGCCAGGGGGCGCAGUGGCCGGGCAUGGGCAUGGCCCUUUUGGAGGCGUAUCCCGUCUUCCGCGAGAGCAUCGAGGCAGCCGACGCGUACCUGCGAGACCAACUCGGAUGCCGGUGGUCGGCCGUCCGUGAACUGCGCGAGACCGACAAGACAAGGUCCAACAUCGGAGCGGCCGAGUACUCCCAGCCGCUGUGCACCGUCCUCCAGGUGGCGCUCGUCGACCUCCUGAAGAGCUGGAACAUCUCCCCGGACGCCGUCACGGGUCAUUCCUCGGGCGAGAUCGCGGCGGCGUACUGCAUGGGCGCCCUAUCGCGAGAGUCGGCGUGGGAGGUGGCCUUCUUGCGGGGCACGCUCGCCACGACGCUGGCAACCUCGUCACCGGACCUCCGCGGCGGCAUGAUGGCUCUGGGACUGGGCCAGGAGGCGGCCACGGCCAUGAUCACGAGAGCCGGCGUGGGAAGCCAGGCGUGCAUUGCCUGCGUCAACUCGCCGUCUUCCGUGACCAUUUCCGGCGAUCUUGCCGGGGUGGAAAAGCUCCGGGCCGUCGCCGAGGAAGAGGGCGUCUUCUCGCGCAUGUUACACGUCGACACGGCGUACCACUCGUUCCACAUGCAGAUGGUCGCCCAGGACUACAUGGAGGCCAUCCAACAUCUCACCAUCGAGCCGGCCGCCUCCCGCUCCAGAAGCAUCCGCAUGCACACAUCCGUCACGGGCUCUCUCGUGCAGGAUCCGGACGAGCUGGGCGCCGCUCACUGGGUCAGGAACCUGGUCAGUCCGGUGCUCUUCGAAGCCGCCAUCCAGGACGUCGUGCGACCUCGUCUCACGCAAGACACCACUGCCAAUAAGCGGCGCCGGGACAACGCCGUGGACCUGCUGGUCGAGAUCGGACCUCACGCCGCCCUUCAGGGGCCAUCCCUGCAGAGUCUCAAGGCCAUCGGCGUCACCAACGUGCCCUACUACUCGGUCUUGUCGAGGAACCUCGACGGGGUCGAAACAGCACUGCGUCUUGCCGGCACGCUCUUCACCCACGGUGUCCCCGUCCGGUUCUCCGCCGUCAACCAAGACGACGACGGAGGAGCGGCGGCGGCGAGAGGUAGAACAAGACAGUUGGUCCGGCUUCCGUCCUACCAAUGGAACCAUACGCAAAAGUACUGGGCCGAGUCCCGGCUUGCGAGAGAGCUCCGGCUUCGCGACCAUGGCGCCAGAGGCCUGCUCGGGGCCCCCUGUCCGGUCACGUCCACUCAAGAACGGGUAUGGCGCGGAUUCCUUCGACCGGCCGAGGAAGCAUGGGUCGGUGACCACAAGAUCAACGGUUCCAUCCUGUAUCCGGGCGCCGGAUUCCUCGCCAUGGCCAUCGAGGGCGCCAGGCAGCUCGCCUUUGACCAAGAAUCGGCCAAGCCGAAGCCGAGGGCGCUCGUGGGCUUCCGCCUCCGUGAUGUGCAGCUCGUCGCCGCCAUGCUCGUCUCCCCGGGCCAGGAGGAGGUCGAGCACACGUUGGCACUGCAGCAGCAGCAUCAUCAUCAUCAUCGCCCCGGGGACGGAUGGUAUCACUUCACGGUUGCGAGCUCUGCCGAUGGCCAGUCCCUCUCGACCAACUGCAGAGGUCUCGUGCUGGUUGAGUACGCCGACGACGACGACGACGACGACGGCGACGCCACUGUCCCUCAGUCCUUGGACGAUGUAGAUACUGUCAACUCCUUCCGAGCAGCUUCGUCGGCCUGCAACACCGUGGUCGACACGAAAAGCUUCUACAGCACCCUCGACAAGACCGGCUUACAGUACGGGCCCUGCUUUGCCAACGUCAACACGCUCUCGGUGAGCCCCAAUUCGGCCGUAGGCAGCAUCCUCGUCCCCGACGUCGGCUCCUCCUCCUCCUCCUCCUCCUCCACUGAUGCCCCCCCAUCUGGCCCGGCCACACCGUACCGCGAGCGGCCUCACAUCGUGCAUCCGACCUUUCUCGAUGCCGUGUUCCAUCUGUGCUUUGCCGCUCUGAUGGGCGAUGGCAGACCCAUGACUGGCCCCAUGGUUCCCACCAGGAUCGAUGAGGUGUCUGUGAGCACGAGUCUCCCCGUCGCGUCGGGGACGCAGCUCAAGGCUUUCUGCAACGUCUCUGCUGCUGCCAGCCUGAAGACUUUGGACGCCAGCAUGGCCGUCAUGAGCCAAGACGAGUCCCGCCCGCUGCUCACCGUCCGGGGCUUGCGAUGCUCGCUCGUCCAAGGAGCCGCUGAAUCCCAGACUUCAGACUCUGCUGCGGAUGCUGCUGCCGCCAUCGACAAGAAGUACGCCAGCAAGAUGGUUUGGAGGCCUCUUGUCGACCUGCUCUCGAACCACGAUCUGGAGCACUGGCUCCGACGAGAGAGCAGCAGCAGCAGCAGCAGCACCGUCAACCAAGCAGUGGCCAACUACCUGGAACUGCUCCACCACACGAACCCCGGCCUCUCCAUUGUCGAGAUGGCGUCUGAAAAAGAAGCGGUGGCAGAUAAUACGCUUGUUGCGUCGACGUUGGACCCUCGCUCCUCAGCCGUGUUGAAGACUGCCUCGUACACCGUCUGCUGCGCAGACGAUGCCUCGGCAGCCCAUAUCAAGACUGCACUGUUGCCCGUCGACCACGGCCAUCUUGUCGACGUUGUCGUGUUUGAUCUACUGUCCGGUGCUCCGUCCGAGUCUCCAUGGUCUGCGGCGGCGGCGGCAGUCGACCUGAUCAUUGCUUCCAACUUGUCAACGGGUAGCAAGGGCCCUGUCAAAGCCGUCCUUCAGUCGUUGGCAAAACACGUCGCCGCCUCCUCUUCCUCCUCCUCCAAGGGCAGAUUACUUCUGCUUGAAGACGACGCAAGGAACGUCCCGCUGAUGAGAAACGUGGCCAGCGAGCUUGGACUCGCUGUUGAAGCCGACCUUGGCACAACAGUCGACGACGGUGCUCUUCUCAUCUUGGGCACCCUUCCCCCCCAAGCAGCAGCACCGGCUGAGCAGAAGCAACACGUCGACGACAAACAGGUCACCAUCCUCACCUGCCCUCGCGCGUCCAAGAAAGCCGCCGAGUUCACCGGCGACGUCACGGCCGCACUUCAGUCUCUCGGCUUCACUUCCUUGCUCGCGGCAUGGGAACCGAGCCAGGCGUCCUCCCUGCGGGGCAAGACUGUCAUCUCCCUGCUCGAGCUCGAAGGCCCCUUUUGGGGAGACCUGGCACCGGCGGCGCAGGACGGCGACGGCACGGAAGAGUCUGCCUCCUUCUCGGCCGCCCGGGACCUGGUUCUCUCGGCAGAGAGUCUCUUCUGGGUUACGGGAUUCAACGAGCCAGCAGCAGCCAUCGUCACUGGAGUCGCCCGCGUGGUCCGCAACGAGAUGCCCGGCUUGAGCUUCCGCACCCUCGACGUCCGUGACCCUCUCGGCGCACACUCAGCUCGGCUCGUCUCCUGCGCCUUUGCAUCCUCUCAGUCAACCCAAGAUGCCGAGUUCCGCAUACAAGACGGCCUUGUGCAAGUCAACCGCUUGGUCCCCGACGAUGCCGUCAACGGGGAGAUGAACCAACUCGUCAACGCCGCCGCCGCCGCCGCGGACACGGCUACAUCGGGAAGAAGACGGGCGGAAAACUUGGCGCUGGGCUCGCUCGGUUCCAACUCGUGUCUCCAACUCGCUGUUGAAUCUACUACCCGUGAGUUGGACUCGCUUCACUUCGUGGAGCAGGACGAGGCCAAGCCCGAACUGGGCGAGGACGAGGUCGAAAUCUCCGUCAAGGCUUCUCACUUGACCCAGACAGACAUCGCCGCCAUCAAGGGCGACCUCCUUCACCAUCCUCCCGGUGCUUCCUUUGGGCUAGAGGCUUCUGGCAUCGUCAACCGCGUCGGCGGCUCGGGACGACGACAGGCAAGCAAGUUCAAACCCGGCGACAGGGUCGUGGCCGUGGCAACCGGUGCUCACAGCACGCUGCUAAGAGCCAGCGUCGACCGCGUUGCAGCCAUACCGGAUGACAUGUCUUUCGAAAAGGCCGCCAGCCUCCCGCUCUCACUCGCCACCGCAUGGUACGCCGUCGUCCACCUUGCCAGACCUGCCAUCACCUCGGCCGGAGACAGGAAAGCCGUCAUCCUUGUCCACGACCCUCUCAGCCCCGUCGGUCAACAAGUCAUACAUCUGGCACGGCACCUAGGCCUGGUCGUCUUGGCCACGGCCGAGUCUCCUUCGCAAGCAAGCAUCCUGGCCGACUCGUUCGGCAUCGAGCCGUCCAACAUCGUGCCACUCUCAACCAGUGUCUUCAGCCUGGCCAAGGCCAUCAGGCAGCUCACUCCUGCGCAGCGCGGUGUCGAUGCCGCCAUCGACUGCUCCGCCACGCUGUCCGGCGAGCCCUUGCGUCAGAUCCUCGGCUGCUUGGCUUUCUUUGGACGCUUCGUCACUUGCGGUGCUGGUGACACUGACGGCAGAUCCUCCGCCGUCACCGCAAGCACCAAUCCAAACACCACCUUCUCCACCGUCAAUAUCACUUCCAUCCUACGUACCCGGCCCGAUGUGCUGGCCGAGAUCCUCCAGUCGGCCUUCCGGUACCUCAAUAUCGCUACCGCUGCUCGUGAUCCAGCACCGGUGCCAUGCUUCGGGGUCAGCAGCACCGGCAUCACAGCAGCCUUCAACCACGUGGGAAGCAGUCCUCAAACCACCUCUGCCGUGCUCACUUACUCGGAAGACGACGUCGUCUCCGCCAAGCUCAUCCCAAAAUCCCUCAACGACUCUUCAGCCUCCUCCUCGUCGUUGCAGCUCGCCCUCGAUCCAGACGCCAUCUACGUCCUGUCCGGCGGUCUCGGCGGCCUCGGCCGCUCCCUUUCCACCUUUCUGGUUGACCAGCUCGGCGCUCGCAAGCUCCUUUUUCUAUCCCGCUCCGGCGCCGCAGCCCCAUCUGCGCGUCAGCUCCUCUCUGAUCUCGAGACCUCUGCUGCUCAGCCAAGAGCUGCUGCGUACGCCUGCGACAUUUCUGACCGCCGCGCUGUGGACGCUUCCAUUGCCAGAGCCGAGGCCGAGCUGCAGGGGAAGGUCAGGGGCGUCAUCCAAUGCGCCAUGGUGUUGCGGGACGUGCUGUGGUCCAACAUGACGUAUCGUGACUGGGUCGAGUCGACGUUGCCCAAGAUCCAGGGAACAGAAAAUCUCUCGGCCGCCAUGCCCGAGCUCGACUUCUUCAUCUCUCUGUCGUCCUUUGCCGGCGUCUUCGGCAACCGGGGACAGGCCAACUACGCGGCCGGCAACUGCUUCCAGGACGCCUUGGCGCACCAUCGUCGCCAGAAACUGGGCUUGAAGUCCGGCCUUACCAUUGACGUCCCCAUCAUGCGCGGCAUCGGCGUCCUGGCCGAGACGGGUAUGCUCGACUCGCUCAAGGACUGGGAGGUUCCGUACGGAAUCGGAGAGGCCGAGUUCCACCACCUCAUGAAGUUGGCCAUCCGCCGGGACAUGAACCUGGAGCCCGCCACGCACCGUCAUGGUCCUGACCACCAAUUGAUCUUGGGAAUUGCGACUGGUGCCUCGGCCGUCGUCGCCGGCAUCCCGACGCCCUUCUAUCUCGAGGACGAUGCCAAGUUCGCCAUCAUGGCCAAGAUGGACCUCAACCGGCUCAGAGGCCACCUGAAAGGCGCUGCCGAUGACGCGGCGGACGUGCAAGCCUCCAUCCAGACGCUUCUUUCCCAAGUCGCGAACCUAGAGGGUGCCUCCGAGGUAAUUACCCAGGCCCUGGUCUUGCGUGUGGCCAAGAUGCAGCAAGUCGACCCUCAAGAGGUUGACCCGGGCCGAUUCUUGCACACCUACGGCGUCGAUUCGCUUGUGGCAAUCGAAAUCGUCAACUGGGCCCUCAAGGAGCUCAAGAGCAAGAUCAACGUCUUCGAUGUCAUGGCCGGCAUCCCGAUCACGGUACUCGCGGAGAAUAUUGCCAGGAAGAGCGAACUGAUUCCGGUGGAUGUGAAGAAUGGGUAGAGUUUGCGUACAGUCACACACACUUUCUUAUUUCCACCAUCCUAAAUUAAGGCUAUUUUUAGAUUAUCAAGACUGAAUUUACGUAUUUAAUAAUUUAUUGCAUUUUUACAUUGUUUUACAGCCUUUC